UACGUCACCAACGCGUCAUCAACAUUUGUGGAUCACCUGGCCCUUCUUGAAACGGGGCUGUUGUCGUCGAAGUCUUGAAGUGAAUGCUCAGAAUAGCUCCUCGUUAUUGACCAAUAUGGAUUUAAUACGAGAAGUUGUCAGCACGCCAUACGCAUUCCCGGCUGGAAUCGUCGCGGUGGUGAUAAGCUGUGCUAUUCUUGUGUUUGUUUUCGGGUUCAAAUCUGCGCAAGAACCACCUUUUGAUCAGCUUUCUUUCUCAAAUGACGACCGGAAACCAGCUGGCAAGAAGCGCAAACUGAAGGACAAGAAGUCCCAGUCUAACGGGCAUGCCACUUCUGUGAAAGAGAAGUCUGCUAAAACUUCCUCUGACUCUGAAUCUACCAAGACUCCAAAGCAAUCUCCAAAGCAGCAGCCCAAAGAUGCUCCCAAGGAACAAGCCAAGAAGAAGGACGCAGCUCCUCAGCAACAAAAGGAAAAAGGAGCAACCACCAAGAAAUCGGCAACUUCAACUCCCAAGCAGCAAACAACUCCCAAGAAAGCUGGGCAGGAAGCUCAGAAGCGAGUGAAGAAGCAGGAAAAGUUUGAAGAUGAUGAUGAUAAUGAAGGUUGGGAACAGGUUGGCAAAAAGAACAAGAAAUCCAGCCCGCAUGCUGCAGCAGAGGAGAAAGUGGACAAAAGCGGCUCUGCCUCCCCUGCUAAAGAAAAGAAAGCCAAGAAAGGUGCUGAAGCUGAAAAGUCAACACCUGAGGCUCCCAAAGUGACCAAAACUAAAGUUGUUCCUGUCGUUGAGGAAAAACCAGCUGCUGCUGAGAAACCAAUUGCUGCUGAAAAGCCAGCUGCUGCUGAGAAACCUGCUGCUGUUGAGAAGCCUGCUGCUGCCAAAGAAGGCAAGGACAGCCCAAAGAAGACAGCUCCCAAGGACAAUGCUAAAAGUGAGAAGAAGGCAGCCCCAGCCAAGGAACCAGCACCACAGCCUGCUGUAGCCAAGAGUGACGAAAAGAAAGAAAAGAAAAAGAAGGCGUCUGAAUCCGCUUCCUUUAUUGAAAGUGAGAAAACAGCAAUCAAAGUUGAAGGAAAUGUUGAGGCUGCUACUGAAAGUGGAGCUGUAUUUGAUGAGCUUGGUGAUGUGUGGACGGAGAAGGUGCCUAAGAAGAGUAAGAAGAAGGCACGUAAGGAGUGAUUUUUUUUUUCUACUGAACUGCAGCAGAUUUAUCAAUAAGGGUAUUUUGCCCAUGUCUUGACUGGUUGUGCUCUGGAACUUCUAUGACAGCAAUACUUAUCCAGGGUGCUGCCAAGCCAUUUCAGGCCAAAAAAAAUGCUGUGACUCUCGUGGUGCAAUAUGAGUACUAUUGUUAUUUUUCUCUCACCUUUUCCUCUUUGUUUAUUGUUAUUGAAGCAUUUUGUGAUCGUACGUGCUUCAUCAGUAUGUUAAAGGGGUUUUAGACCACACAAAGUACCUUUUGGAAGGAUUCAGGUUAUGAUGUGUAGUUGAGAUUGUUCUUGAGAAAAGGCGCUUAUAUUGGCACCCAUUUUAUAUUCACUUUUUUUCUGAAUUCAAAAACAAACAAAAAUGAUAGCUUUUAGCAUGAACGAUUGUUUUCACAGAGUGGAUUUUGCUACGGUAGACUUCACCUUCACAUAUCUAAUGAAAAGGGAAAAAAAUCAUCAUAGAAAUUUACUUGCCUAGUAUAUGGAUCUCAAGUACAUGAACAUGAAAGGUUAAAGUAUAAGGCUGAGUUCUAUAAGAUUUAAUUUUUGUUUUGUGUGUGGGGUGUAUGUUUUAGAAGCUUUUGGCUAAGUAGAAAGAAAUUAUAUUUAUUACAUUGUAUCUUUAGUAUUUACUGUGAAAGAGACACUAGUUAUGUAUUUAUUUCGUAGCCAUAAAUCAAUUUCUCUCUGGGUGUAUUUUUUAAAUGCGUAUUCUUUGAAACAGUGAGAUAAGCAUUACUUGAUGUUUCGUUCUUUUGUUGUUUUUUUUCUGGCGCCCAUGGUAGCAAAUUUCCCUUAGUUAUUCAAUGUUGAGGAUCUGGCCCUCCAUCUUACCAUCCCAAUAUUGCUUUUGUGGUUAUGGCAUGCGAGUAGUACAUGCCUCCUUUGGUCUUAUUUUGUUUUGCUCAAUUCAUCAGGACAUUUGUUUCUGUUGUUUAAGAGUAAGGAACUGUGAUAAUGUGUUAUGAAGUCCUCAAUACUGAAAAAUCUAAAUCUUGUGCUUUGUUCAUUUCUGAUAUUUGAGCUUUAAUUAUGAUAACUUUUUAAAUAUUCCAAUCCAUGUGGAUAGGCUUUUUUAAAAGACUGAUUUCAAUGGCCAAUUUAUUUUCUAUAAUGCUCUAAAUUAUUGUUGUACUAAAGCAUUAGUUUCUACUCCCUUAAGUUGAUUGCAUGCAACAUUUCUGUAUAUCAACCUAGGUGAACUUGCGCUGAAUCGGUGUUUUUAUAGUUCUUUGCCACUUUUGAGGAGAGUGCCAAUGGGUUGAAUAUAAGUUCUGACCAUGAAAAGUCCAAAUCAUGAUUAUCAUUCAUGUGCUUGGAAGGUGUAUCUUGGGUACUUUUGGCUUGAUAAGUAUAUUUUUUACAGUCUAGAAAUAAAGCCAUGUGGCAAUGACUUAGCUAAAGAAGCUACAACCAACUUUAGGCAUAUGCAAUGCUGAUCACAAUUUCUAUUUGUUUUCAAAUCUGAUCCAUUAUCAUCAUUUAAUUUUGUUUUUCUGCAAGGAUCUUUCAUUAAAGCUUUAGUAACGUAAUGAACAAGUGCUCAUAAAUUUAUGCUUCUGCUAAUAAUUCUUAAAAGAUUCAAGAUGGUUUUUAUUUGAGGAUUCAUGAGGUGAGAUUUCAAGUUUGUGCUGUGCAAUUUUGUCUAGGUAUUGCAUUCUUAAUGUAAUGUGCUUAAUCUUGAAUGUUAGGAGUAAUCUUGUAUAUAUUUUAAAAAAUCACGCCAUUCCAUUACUGGUAUGAAAUGUACAAUCUAACCUGGAUUAGAUCCUGUUCAAACCCUAUGUACCUUAAAGGACAAAUUUGUGCAAUUUAUUUUCUGUCUCGUAAAAUAAUGUGACUAAGAUACCCAUAUAUGGCAAGAUUAAGCAUGUUUGGUAUGAAAAGAGAUUGUUUCUUUAUGUAAGCUGUGUCCCAUAGUUACCAGCUUUCUUUGCACUGUGACAAAUUAUUAUAUAUCUGACACACCAAUGUGUUCUCACACAUACAGUUUGAAAGUUUGGCUGUUUUACCAAUGAGUUGAACUUAUAGGCUUUCAGCUUUCACUUUUUCAUUUUUAAGAGUUUCUGCUUGUAUUUCAAUAAUGACCCCUGUAUGAAUAUCCUUAUAUUUUCAAGAAUAAAUUUGACCACCUCCUCUUGUCCUUAUCAUAUUCCUCUGCCUCCACCCCACCCCAUUCCUUAUACUUGUGUGUUUUCAAUAUUAUUAUUAUUAUUAUUAUUGACAUCAAAAUCUGUGUUCAGGUUGUGUAAGAUUGUGUACUUUGAAACGAAGUGUGUCAGGUACAUAUUAAUGGUAAAUCUGUGGAGAAUGUGUUAGGAUCAUUGCUCUUCUAUUUGCUUGAUUAAGAUUUUUCUGAUUGUUCUUAACGUCAGCAUUUUAAGGAAUCAUAAACUGGGUGCUUGGUUUUAAUUAUUUUGUGUGUGGUGUGUUACGUUAGUAUUAGAAAUUUGAGUUUCAUUUUGAUUACUCACACUGUUAAAUCUUUAACAUUUUUUCUCUUUAGUACUCCUUUGAGCUUGAGCUUUAAUUAUUGUUUCUACUAUUUCUAAAACAAAAACAAAUCAUUGCUUUGUAAAUUUUGCUUACGCUUUACUUGUGUGAAUCAUAGAAUUUGCACAAAAAGGUUGUCUGAGCCUAACUCUUAAGAAUGAGCAAGUAUCUCUAAUAGGUUCAUCACAGGUGUGAAAUUUUGAUUGCUGUGAAGCUUGGGUUUUAGUUUUUAAAUGUUGGUGGUUGUUUUUAAGUUAAGUAGAUUGCAUUUUUGUUUUCUCAGUUAUGUUUUUAAAUGCCAUGUUUUCCCCUUUUUCUUUUGUACAAAGCUUUUUACUGAACUGUUUUGUUGUAUCUUAUUAUUUUCUUCCCCUCAAUUGCAGUUUAGCAUUGCUUGUGUACUGGGCUCUGUG